UACUAAACAAUCAGUAUUAUUCAAACAAAGUUAUCUCAGAGCAUUUUGGUAGUUUGUACUGAAGGGCCACAGACGUUCAUAUAGAAGCUCUCUCGCUCUCUCGCUCCUAUGACAAUCACCAUGGGUUGUCCACGUAUUAUUUUCCUCAUCUCUUGUUUCCUUGUGUUUUCUCCAAGUGAUGGAGCUUUCUCGUGGAAUUCAUGCCAAGAUUUUCCAGUGAACGCGCCUUUACAAGUUCGCAGGCUUUCCAUUCUACCGGAUCCAGUUGCAAUCAACGAUUGGGCAUCAAUAGAUUUUGAUAUAGAGCUGACUAGAAACUUCACAAAACCCCUACAGGUUUCUCUCUCUAUCAAGAAGAUCGUCAAAGUGUUAUGGGUGUGGACUACCGAAAUAAACGUUCCUUGUGUAUCGCAGAUGGGAAGCUGUACCUAUGACGUAUGUGAUGAGUCCAGUGCUCUGCAGGCGGCCCACGGUUGCCCAAGUGAGUUUGCAACUAACGGUAUACCAUGUACAUGUCCAAUUCAUUCUGGCGACUACCGGACGUCAUCCGGCCCACUCCGUAUCUAUCUGGACACAUCAGAAGUUCCCGCGUUGUUGGAAAGUUUCUUACAUGGUAAAUACCGUACUGUCUUACGACUGAUGGACGGUCUUGGCGACGUUGGAUGCGUGGAGUACCUCAAUACCAUUGGCUCAUAAAGAACCGUUUGGCUCAUAGAGUCAAACUGAAUAGAUGGAUACGAGUAAAGCAUGCUUUGGGGUCUGGGGACCGCACCAUUAUAACGUAGGCCUACUCAAAGGGGGACAAUUAACUCCGUGUAGCUAUGCCUACAUACCAUCAAAUUGUAAAAUAAAUGGCGUAAUUAAAACCUUGUUGACUAUUCUAAAUUUUGUGAAUAUAAACAACACUUGGGAAAACCUGUAUGUUUCACAGAACAACCUUUCAGUUGUUACACCCCCUUGUAAUUGUUUGAAAAAAAUUGCCCCCCUCCUCCAAUUCUGGUUUUAAAAAUACAAACGAAUAUUUUGGGUUGUGGUUUUCCCUGGUGAGCUGGUAUGUAGUAUACCAGCGGUACCGGUGGUACCUGGUGAGCUCGUUAACGAAGCAUUUGUCCCUGGCCUGAACGACCCCUCAGUAUAUACUGCACCUUGGAAACAGAAGUGGGAAUCAUCAGUUGCUGGCAACUUCGUCCUUCUAUAAGAUGAUGAAAAGGAAGAAAGUCAAACCAAAGCUGACAUAAAACAUUUGAUGUAUGUUAAACAUCAUUCAAAAAUGCCGAGCAACGUUCUGAAUGGACGAGCAAGUGUGGAUAGAGCCGAAGGGUGGUAUUUUCGUAACGAAUGUAUUACAGUAGAUUGUAGAUUCGUAUGCGAAUCUACAGAUAAUUGAAUUAUA